AUGGCGGAAGACAGAAUCAGCCAAUUGCCGGAUGAAAUUCUUCAACACGUUCUCUCCUUUAUCGACAUCUAUGAAGUCGUUGAAACAACCAUUCUCUCCAAGAGAUGGAAAAACCUCUGGCGUUCCCUCCUCAAUAUCCGCUUGCACAUCCGCAGCGCCGCUGCCUACCGCCGCCGCGUCUUCCAAUUCCUCUCUCACCGCAACGCUGCUGCCCCUCUUCACGGCUUCCACCUCUCACUCGACAACGAAAUUCGGGUCCUUGAGGAUGAUGAGGCAUUCGUGGAGGAAUGCGUGCUCUACGCCAUCAAUCACAGCGUUCAAUCCCUCCGCCUCCACGACCUAACUCUGAGCCUUCCCGCCGCGGUUUUCACCUCCACGACGCUGCGGGAGCUCGAACUCAGGCAGAGAGACACCAGGGUUUAUGUACCGGGACGGUUUUCCUUGCCAAAUUUGAAAACCCUUUACCUUGAAGCCCCUAAUUUGAAUUUCAGUUCUGAUCAAGGGAAGGAGCUUUGUUCCGGUCUCCCGGAGCUCGAGAAGCUUUCUCUGCGAGGGUUUUCGAUGCCUGGACUUGUUUUAAAGGCUCCCAAGCUUAGGGUUCUUGAAAUCCUUGAAUCUAAUUCUCUUAUUAUCCAAGAAAUUUCGGCUCCGUUGCUUACCUCGUUUCGAUACGAGGGCUUUUCACCAUUGGAGUGUUUGAUGAUGAAUCUCCCAAUGUUGGAGGAAGUCUAUGUAGACAUUCUUUCUAUUAAACACAAUGUCAAAGGAUUGCAAGUUAAAUGUGCUAGGAUGCUUCAGCAACUUGGAAAUACUACCACUGUUUCAUUAACUUUGGACACUCUUGAGUGCCUGGACGGUGGUCCCAUUGAUCAAAGUCCUCCGUUUCCCAACAUCAAAUGCCUCAAGGUGAUGAAAGGACGUCACAAAUUGUACAGAGUGCGUAAGCAAAUAUUGAAGUAUUUGACGGUGGGAACUUUGAAUUUUGAGUCGUUGACAGUGGAAUUUCCCGCUGGUGUGAUUAUGGAUGAACGCAAUUCCGACAACGAGAUACAUUACAUUUUUUUGUUUUGCUAG